GUCGGGUGGCGGUGCGCGCGGCACUCCUGGGGCGGAGCCUGCCACUUGCCGGAAGGGGGCGUGAGUCCGGCACCCAGGCGACGUUUCCAUGGAGGGGGCGGAGGCGGAAGCGCAGGAGGGGGCCGCAGUGGCCCGGGACCUGCGAGCUCUCGGGUAUGGGGACUUCCCGGAGGUGGCAUCAAGGGGCCCCUCGUGCCCAGACUUCAGAGCGCUGUGCGCGCGCCUGGCAACCGAGCUGGCGACACUGGGCACCCUGGAGGAGCAGCGAGAGGAGGGUGCUGAAGUGCUCAGUGUCGGCAACGGCCCCGGCGCGGAGGAGGAAUUCCUGCGACAGUUGGCGGGACUGCUGCGUGCGUUGCACUGCCCGGAUCGCGCGCUCUGCGGCGGAGACCGCGAGGUCGCGCUGCGGGAACCUGGCGCCGGCCUGCGCCUGCUGCGCUUUCUCUGCUCUGAGCUCCAGGCUGCCCGCCUCUUGUGCUUGCGCCCCCUGCUGGGCUCCAGCUCUUUGACGCCCGUUGGGGACGGGGCAGAGGAGGAAGAUGGCAUGGUCCAGGAACUGGUCCUUACCCUCCAAGCCCUGGGGCUGUCCAGACCCAUGCCAGGAACUCAUGCCAGCCAGCUGCUGCGGGAGUUACAUGCCAAGAUUUCAGAGCUGCUGCCUUCCCUGCCCCCAGGGUCCUUGCAACCCCUCCUCAGCUACCCACUGAACGCACACCAAUGGAAAGCGUUAGAGUCUGUGUCCCAAAGCUUGACAGAUCAGUACUGCUGCCGUCGCUGCCUCCUACUCAAGCGCCUCGACCUCACGAUAUCUGCUUUCCACUGGAGUGAUCGCGCAAAGGCCCAAGGACAGGCCAUGACGGCGGUGCUGACACCAAUUCGAGAGGUUUUGAGCCCAGGAUCAGAUGUCUCCAUUGCGCACGUUCUGGCUGCCCGAGCUGACCUUUCUCGCCUGGUCCCAGCAACCAGCGUGGCUGCCCGCCGAGGGACCAGCUGUGCCAUCAACAAGGUGCUUAUGGGUGAAAUGCCAGACCGGGGUGGCCGCCCAAAUGAGCUGGAGGCUCCCAUGCCCAGCUGGCAGAGUCGAAGAGAAGAUGGCGGCGGCUGGAAAGCAGGCCGCCAGCGCUGGGGCCGCAAGAAGAAGAAGAAGUAAAGGCUGGGGCUGGGGUCCUCCGCGGGAUGCCGGUGCCACCCGUCAUCUUUGGGGAGUCAGUCUGAGGGUUUCCCUUGGCACUUGGCACCCACGUCCCCUACCCCCUGGUUUUGGAGGCCCCAAAUGUCCGGUGCCCAUCCACCACUCAAUGCCAAGAACCAUGUUCCCUGGAAAAUAAAUUUAAUUUUGAUGGCCGUA